UUCAACGCUGCUGAAACUUCCAGUUCCCUUCCUUCAAUAACAAUCGGUAUAAUUUCGUUCCUCCUCAAUAUCUUUGGUUCAUUGGAUUCAUUUCUGAGCUUGUUGAGAUCCUUUUUAGCUUUUCUUGUUUUUCUAUUUUCUUUUUUUGUUUUCCCCUCUUUUCAUUGAUGAAUUUGGUGCCAACUAUCGAGAACUCCGGUGCUGUUUUAUCUUUAGAUUAUAACAAUUCGUAUUUCUAACGCUUAGUCAUUACAUAACAUCAAGAUCUCAUAAAUACUUCAGUUCACGAUGAGCCAAUUACAUGAACCACCACGCAGACAAUUUUUCCCCUUUGGGAAUCCCUUCCGCAUGAGAUCUCCCAAAGGUUCAAAUUUACCUUCAAAACUUGUAGAUAUAUUGAAUGCUUUUGAAAGAAGCCUAGCUGAAAGACUACAAAAGCUCCAUCCAUCUGGUGAGGAUGACGUUCUUAGCCUUUCUUGGAUGAUAUUAGCCAUGGAAUUGCUUUGUGAAACUCACAGUGAUGUUAAAAAUCUUAUCAAGGAGUUGGACCUCCCUGUCCCUGAUUGGAAUGAGAAGUUGAUUGAUGUCUAUUUGGACAUCAGUGUGAAACUGCUUGAUGUCUGUAACGCUCUUAGCUCAGAGCUUUCACACUUGAACCAAAGCAACCUCAUGCUCCGGUGUGUCAUCCAUAAUCUGGAUUCUGCUGAUUCAGAACGACUUGCUAGAGCUCGUACUUCCUUAAAAGAGUGGAGACAGAACAUCACCACCACAAGUUCUAGAAUUAAGAGUUGUUGUGUAAUCUUAGACAGCCUUGUAGAAUCACUUGAUCUUCCAAAAAUUAAGAACUCUGCCAAAGGCAAGGUUCUGAUGCAGGCUUUGUACGGGGUGAAGGUACAGACAGUUUUUGUGUGCAGUGUCUUCGCCUCUGCCUUCUUAAGCUCCCCAAAGCUCUUUGAUCUGGAUAUAGCCAAUACAUAUUUGUGGGGACAAACUUUCUCCUCCUUGCAGAAUGAUGUAAAUAGUGAAAUUAGAAGUAUAUACGCACGUGGAAAGUUCACCCCUCUGAAGGAGCUUGAGGCUAUUGAUCAAUGUGUAGGCAAACUUCAACAAAUGAUCCCAGAGAAGCCAGAAGUCGAAGAAGCUCAACUGCUGAAGAACAGCAUAUCAGAAUUGGGAGGAAAGACAGAGAAACUAUCAAAAGAUCUACAUUCGCUUACAAAGGAAGUCGACAACUUUUUCCAAAUUGUUUUGGCAGGACGCGAUGCUUUGCUAUCAAACCUAAGGGGUUGUUAAACUUAAAAUGGAGUCAAUGCAAGGAAAAGAACAAGUCGAACAAGCAAUCAGACGAUUACGGCAGAGCUUAACUUAAACCUGUGUACAGGGAUGGGUUGGUGUCUCUUGUGUUUCUACUACAGAAAUAUAUUAACUAACCAUAGUAUAGUGUAAUAAUGUAGUGUUUAGUUAUAUUAGAAAUGCUUUUGGGUUGUAUUGCUAAUUACGGUCUUGUAAGUUUGAACUUUGAAAUGAAAAUGUGUAAUGUGGGUUUCUAUAUUUGAGCAUCCGUUCUCUACA